CGAUCCUUGACCUGGCCCAUCGCUUCCAUCUCACCCAUCCUCGGAUUGGUUAUCUAUGUGUUCAUGGUGCCCAUGAGGAGUCACAAAGGCUUUACCCCACAUCACGCAUGAGUGACAUAUUACGUUUUCCUUCAGGUGGUGGUGUUCUAAAAUUUAACUUUACCCUUACGUAUUGGAUCAGAAGGAAUGAUGAAACAAGUGAACAAGGGCAGUUUCAGCCUCAUACCGAUUUACCUCAUUUGCAAAGUUUCUGUCUAGACUUUUACGAGAAAAACAUCAUAGCUGUGAUCAAGAUCAUUGGCAACCAAUAUACAUAUUUGAAAGUUUUUAGUCACAUUACAGAUGCAUGUGAAACUGCUCGUGAUCUCUUCAAAGUCUUGGAGCUUCUUUCCAAAGAUAUACAACUGCCUUCUGAGAUUUUGGAAGCCCAUACUGAAGUGAAACAACUAGCUAAAUUCUUUAGGCCUUACAACAUAAUUCCAUGCAAUAUUUUCUCAGAUGACUACCCUUCAAUAAAGAGACUACCUGAGCUUCCAGCUGCUGUGACCGCACUAGCUGCAUAUGGAUGGUGAAACAGGUUGAUAUAAUAUAACCCCAGCCCUGCCCGAAACACCGCGGAAAGUCCAAGCUUGCUGUGUACUAAAAACAUAAGACUUCCGUUAUGCCCAGAUUAUAAUUAUUAUUUCUUUCUUCAGUACUAUGUUUUCUUCUUUUCUUUUUUUUCAACAUACGUAUUGGUUGUAAUUUUAGUUGUAUAAUAAUUCUGCGCUUAAUUUUGACGUGAU